AUUCUUAUAUGUGGCAACUGCGCCGUCGCGUCGAAGCACUCAGACUGAUCUGUUUUAAUAUAAACGUGGUCCUUGGUUUGUGUCAACAUUCCAAUUAGUAGAUAACCUAAAUUUUUAAUAUGAUACUAAUAUAGUUUUAACAAAAUAAAAAUACAAUUAAACUUUUAUUUAUUAAUAUUAGCGUUUUAGUUAUAAUGAGUGCCAAAGUUUUACUUCUAUUUUUUUUAAUUAUCAUAAGUGUAAGUGAUGUGAAUUCCGCGAAGAUCUUGGGAAUAUUUGCUUUCUUUUCACCAAGUCAUUAUUUUCUGGGUAAAGAAUUAAUGGUAGGUCUGGCUGAAAAUGGUAACGAUGUAACGAUGCUGACGAUUUUCGAAGAAAAAAAUCUACCAAAGAAUGUUAAGUAUAGACAUAUUACCAUGGAAGGAGUACUUGAAAAACAACAAGAAAUGUUUAAGAAUUUUACAAGCAAAGUAGGAUCUUACAGUGUCCUUUAUAUGAUUUUUAACCCAAUGGGUGGAGUUUUAUCAGAAAUGGUAUUCAAUAACCCACAAAUGAAACAAUUGAUACAAUCGAAAGAAAAAUUUGAUGUUGUCAUAGUACCACAAUUUUUUAUGGAAUCACCAAAAGCUUUGGCUGCUCAUUUCGACGCACAUCUAGUUCUUUUCAAUAACCACGCGGCUCAUUCCUGGAUGAACCAUUUCGUUGGUAAUCCAUCUCUACCGUCCCUCGAUACUCAACUUGUGUUAGGAUUUCCGGCUCUAAUGAAUUUCAAACAAAGAUUAAUUAACACUUUAGUUGCUAGCUUGUGGUACGUCAAGCAAGUACUGAUUGAAUAUCCCGCAGAAGCGGAAAUUGUACGUAAAUACAUUUCAAAAGAUAUCGAUUUGACUCAAGUUCAGUAUAACGUUUCUUUGGUGUUAUCAAAUUCCCACAUAAGUUUGAAUCGAGCUACUUCAUCGGUACCUUGUAUGAAAGAAAUUGCCGGAUUUCAUAUUAAACCUCCGAAAAAAUUACCGGACGAUUUGAAAAAAUAUCUGGACGAAUCUGAAAACGGUGUCAUAUACUUCAGCAUGGGAACGAAUUUGAAAAGUGCCGAAUUAACUGAAGAAACGAGGCAGAGUUUAAUGAAAGCUUUCGCUAAAAGGAAGGAGAAUGUUUUGUGGAAAUUUGAAAGUGACGAUCUGCCGGGAAAACCCGAUAACGUUAGAAUAGAAAAAUGGUUACCACAAUCUGAUUUAUUAGCUCAUCCUAAUAUUAAAUUGUUUAUAACUCAUGGAGGAUUUUUAAGUACAAUAGAAACUUUGUAUCAUGGUGUACCGACGGUAGCAAUACCAGUUUUUGCCGAUCAAAAACAAAACGCCGAAUUAUCGGUAUCAGCAGGUUUCGCUAAAAUUGUCAAUUUUGCUGAUAUUUCCGAACAAACAAUUUCCGACGCCAUAGACGAGGUUAUUACCAACAAAAAAUACACUGAGAAUGCUAAAUAUAAAUCAAAAAUCUUCCACGAUAGACCAAUGGCGCCUAUACAAGAAGCAGUUUAUUGGAUUGAUUACAUUGUACGCUAUAACGGUGCCCCUCAUCUACGAGUAGCUUCUGCCGUUCUAACUUGGUAUCAAUUUUAUAUGUUGGAUGUAUUAUUAACAAUUUUUCUCAUAAUUUUUGUUGUUAUUUUUAUUUUAAAGACGAUUUUUGGAUUCGUAUACAGAAAAGUGUGUAGAAGUCAAAACAAAAGUGUACAAAGCUCAACUAAAAAAGUUAAAAGACAUUGAUAUUUUUCUAAAAAAACUUUUUAUGAGAUUUUUAAAUAAAAAUAUAUUUAUUUCA